AGAAGCGACGUCUCUUUGGGGGGGAGAGGCUUUAGGCCAUUAAGGAAGAGGUAGAGAAACUUCUACAAGCUGGUUUCGUUAGGAAAGUUGAUUACUAUGAAUGGGUGGUUAACCCAGUCCUGGUGAAGAAGGCAAACGAUAAAUGGCGAAUGUGCAUUGAUUACACAAAUCUUAACCAAGUUUGCCCCAAGGAUUGCUAUCCGAUGUCGAGCAUUGACAAAUUAGUUGAAGCGGCUUUAGGGAAUGAGAGGUUAAGCCUCUUGGAUGCAUAUUCUUGGUAUCACCAGGUGCCGAUGGCUCCCGAAGACGAAGAAAAAACCUCGUUCUAUGCUGAUGAUGAAAUCUAUUGCUAUGUCAUGAUGCCGUUUGGCUUAAAGAACACUGGUGCUACUUAUUAGAAAAUGGUAACCAUUGUCUUCCGAGCUCAGAUCGGCAAGAAUCUGGAGGUGUAUGUUGAUGACAUCGUGGUAAAGAGCCUGAAAGCAGAAAACCAUCUAGCUGACCUUGACGAAACCUUCAACAGCCUCAAAAAGAACAGGAUGCAGUUAAACCCAGCCAAAUGCAUCUUCAGAGUAGAGUUGGGAAAUUUUUUAGGUUUCAUGGUGUCCCGAAGAGGGAUUGAGGCCAAUCCAGAGAAGAUAAGAGCAAUUGCCCGAGAUGGAACCGCUGAAAUCAGUAAAAGACAUAUAGAGGUUGACUGGAAGGGUGGCAGCUCUUCAUCGAUUUAUAUCGAAGUCAGUGGAUAAGUGUCUACCAUUCUUCAAAAUUAUGAGAUCAACCGCCCAGAAGGAUGAAUCAGGAAAACAGAAAAAAUUUAAAUGGAGUCAAGAAUGCCAAACUGUAUUCGACGAGCUGAAGUCUUAUC